CCGCGUUAGUCGGCCAAACUCUAGAGCGCGGAGUGGGUGUGUUUAUUGUGUGUCCCCCGGACCGGCGUAAAUAUUAGAAUGGGGAUGUCUGCAAAAGAAAAAUCAAGACGCUAUAGAGAGAAGUUGAAAGCAGAUCCGCAGAAAUAUGAAGAACGAAAAAGAAAGAAAAGGGAAAGUUAUCAUAAGAAUAAAAGAUUAGUUUCAGAUUUACAGCCAGAAGAAAAAAAAAUAUGUAGAACUAUUUGGAAACUCAGGAAACAAAAUCAAAGACAACGUAAGAAGGCAAUUGAAAAUAUACUUGCAGAUACACCACCUAGCUCUCCAAUAGUGCUUCAAGAAAUUAACGUACCCCAAGAUUACAAUAAUUGUGAAUGUACUCCACCUGCGAGUCCAAGUUCAAGAGUAUCUACACCUGUGAGUAAGGAAAGAGGAAGAAAGAAAAUUCGCCGUGACAGGACGAAGAUGUAUAAAGAAAAUUUGUGUCUACAACAUGAAACUGAAAUGUGGAAGAAAAAGUAUGAAAAAUAUAAGAAAAGAGCACAUCGCAAAGAAAAAGAAAUUAUUAAGUUAAGAGAAAAGAAAGAAAAAGAAACCGAAAUCGAACGUAAUAAAUACAAGACACUUAGUAAUGCUAUCAAAGAACAUUACAGCUUAUUAAAAAACCGUAAACAAAAAUUAAUAAUUAAAAACAUAUUUAAAAAUAUAGAUAAAAAAGAAAGACAUCGAAUCAUAGGUCUGCAAUGUAGAAGUAGAACAAAAACAACUCAACAGUGGGAUGAUACAGAAUUGCCAAAAAUAAUUAGAAGCUUUUUUUGCAGGGACGAUGUUUCAAGGAAUACUGCUGGUAAAAAAGAGACUGUUUCAAAAGGUAAAGAAAAAGCACAAAAACGUUUCCUUUUAGACUCGAUGAAAAAUUUGUUUAAAGCAUUCAAACUUGAGAAUCCGAAACUAAAAUGUUCCUAUUUCUAUUUCACAAAAAAUCGUCCAUAUUACGUGGUCAAGCCUACUAUAGGUGGAAGGGAAAUGUGCCUUUGCAAAAUCCAUACAAAUAUUGCAGCUAAAAUUAGAGCUCUGAAACAAAAGCGAAUAAUUGACGCUAUAGAUCUUAGUGCGGUUAUUGCAGAAACAGUUUGUGAUAGUAAUAGAGAGGAUUGCAUGUAUGGGAAAUGUUCAGAAUGCAAAGGUAAAAAAAUUCAAAUAAAUGAAAACAGAGUCCAGAGCAAAAUUCAAUGGACUGAAUGGAUUAGAGAUGAGGAAAUUUAUUUGAAAGAAGGAAAAACGAUUAAGGCCAUAAAAAAUAUAAAGAAACACACGGAGGAUACAACACAAAACUUAAUUUUGAGUUUGGAAGAAGACAUGAAAACUGUGAAGAAACAUGUAUACAAUAUGAAAACCCAGUACAGAAGCUUCCGACAAAGUGUUGAUGCAAUUAAAUUAAAUGAAGCUGUUGUUGUAGUUGAUUUUAGUGAAAAUUACAACGCAAAAUGCACGGAGGAAAUUCAAGCGCAUCAUUUUGGUGGAUCUCGAAACCAAAUCACUCUUCAUACAGUGGUUGUGUACGUGCAUGACAAAGAAAAAACAUACAAAGCCUUAUCAUUUUGCUCCGUUUCACCAUGCAACGUUCAUCAACCAGCUGCAAUCUGGGCCCAUUUACAUCCGAUACUAACAUUGAUUCGCCAAAAUUACCCAGAAAUAGACAUUAUUCACUUUUUUUCGGAUGGGCCAUUCUCUCAAUACCGACAAAAGCUUAAUUUUUUCUUGGCUUGCACCAAAACGUUUGUUUAUGGUUUCCAAUACUUUACAUGGUCAUAUUUUGAGGCUGGUCAUGGAAAAGGACCUGCUGACGGGAUUGGAGGAUACUUGAAAAGAGCAGCAGACACCAAGGUGGCAACUGGCACCGAUAUAACGAAUGCCUUAGAGUUUUAUACAGUCUUAAAAGAUUCCAGCAAAAUCAAGUUAUUUUAUAUAACUAAAGAAGAUAUCGAUUUUAUACAGAACAGCAUUCCAAAGAAUAUAGUCCCACUUAAAGGAACAAAAGAGGUGCACCAAAUUUUUUCGAGAGUAUACGGCCAGUUAAAGUACAGAUAUUUAAGUUGCUUCUGUGCCAGAGGAUUGUGUGAAUGCUUACAUCCUAAAGUGUACUUACCGUUGCCAGAUUUGAUAGAAAAUUCUCACUCUGCUGAAAUCCACUGCAGUGAUGAUGAUAUGCCACUAAUAGCUUUAACUUCUAAAGCCAAAGAAAGAAUUUCAAUAGAAGAUUUCCAGGGCCUUCACCAUGAAAGCGUUUACAAAGCUAUUUACGACUCUUCAGAGAACUCUGAAGAAGAUCGUGACUUUGUACAGCCAGGGCCUUCAAACUCAGGGCAAAGUAGCAAGUUACCUAUAAAAGGCGAUUUUUUACUAGUCAAAGUUCAUGACACCAAAAGGAAAUCGUACCAUACCUAUGCGUGCAUUGCUCAAGACGAUAUAGAAGAUGAUGGUGAAAUUAGAGUAACAUUUCUGAAAUGCGUUAAAGGAGGAAAACUUUUUGUGAUCAAUGAGAAUGAUAUAUCGUACGUAGCUUAUGAAGAUAUUGUACGUAAGUUACCCAUGCCUGAGUUACAAUGUAAGAGAGAUGUAAAUUACUAUAAAUUUCCCUUUGAUGUUAACGUUUUUGAAAAAUAAUUUGAUUGCUAAAUUACGAAUUCAUGAGUAUUAUUAGGUUUAGGUCCAAAUAUUUGUUUUAAGGUUACUAGAUGCAGAUGGUUUGUUAACUUUCGUCGAAAGUCUUGGGUUAAUGAAUGAUUACAUAAAAAUAAUAUUUAGAUAAGAAUUAAUGUAAAUGAUGGUGUUCAAAAUAUUUUUAAGACUGACAUAAUAGUUAUAUGGUAUGUUGAUUAUUAGAUUGUAAAAGGGUUGAUAAUAGCCAUGACUGAUUUUAUACGUAGUAUCUUAUACAGCUUAUAAAGCCGUGUAGCUUAAGCAGACAAAACCAUUUAAGUUUAAGAAACUGAUUAUUUUUGUUAAAUUUUGAUUAAAACUUUUGGAAAAUUACAAUAUAAUUUUGUUUUGAUGAA